GAGGACUGGUUCAUAUUGGAGAACAUGUGUAUGCAAGUCUGCAGAAGCUGCCUUGUGAAGUAUCUGGAGGAAAACAACACGUGCCCCACGUGUAGGAUUGUUAUUCAUCAGAGCCAUCCACUGCAGUAUAUCGGCCAUGACAGAACAAUGCAAGACAUUGUCUAUAAGUUGGUACCGGGACUACAAGAGGCGGAGAUAAAGAAACAAAGGGAAUUCUAUCAGAAGUUGGGGAUGGAGGUGCCCGGAGACAUUAAAGGAGAACUUUGCAACAUGAAGACUCACCUAGAUCAACGCAACGGUGAUGCCAAAUCAGAAGACACGGCCAAUAAGGAGGCAGGAGAGGAGAAACCAGAGGAGGACAACGACUAUCACCGUAGUGACGAGCAGGUCAGCAUCUGCUUGGAGUGCAACAGCAGCAAGCUUCGCGGUCUGAAGCGCAAGUGGAUCCGCUGUUCAGCACAAGCCACGGUCCUCCACCUCAAGAAGUUCAUUGCCAAAAAGCUUAACCUGACAUCAUUUAAUGAGCUGGACAUUUUAUGCAACGAGGAAAUCUUGGGGAAGGACCACACUUUGAAAUUUGUUGUUGUUACAAGAUGGAGAUUUAAGAAAUCCCCCCUCCUGCUCCAUUACAGACCCAAGAUGGAUCUGCUGUAGCUACAACGGACACAGUGGUUGUUUUUUAUUUUUCUUUCUGGCCCAGUGGCCGCGGACUGUGCCGAAACCUUUUUAAUUUAUGCAAAGACGAUCAACCAACACCAAGCAAACGCCCGACGGUAAAAGUCAACACAAGCCAGCAAACGUCCAUCUAACGGGGAGGGAAAGUGGGACAAACUGACACAAACUGGCCGCCUCUCCAGCACAGACACUGCAACACUGGCGUGUGUUUUUAGAAACUAAAACAACCAUUUUUUUCCCCUGGUCUGCUACAUCCUACAUAUGUGAACGAAAAAAAAAAAUAUGGAGAAAAAGCAUAUAUUUAUACUUUUGUACAGAAGAGACACACGGAACCAAGACACUACUGGUGCUCUGUUUACACGCAAACAAGAUGUCGGGAAUCGUGUGACCGUCUUUUCCAGCUCCAUGCAGACUUCAUCCUCCUGAGAUGAUGACUGAGCGGAGGACAGGAUUAUUUUUUUUUAAUAUAAAAAGGUGUUUUGUUCUUUUCACACCGCACUCGACACGUCUUGGGAGCACAGAAAGUAUAUGGAAAAAUUUAUAUAACAGGCAUCAAAUUUACGCUGUUUAUCAAGUCUCUGAUUUCCCUUCCUUUUUUUUUUUUUUUUUGGUUUAAAUUUCAUUCUGUUUGCUUUGUCUAAUUUGCUAUUGGGUUCUCAAUUGUCAAUUGUGAAUAGGUUAAUUUUUUGUGUAGUUAUUUAUGUUCUAUAUACCAAUAUUGUACAUAAAAUGUCAUUACAGAGAGAGAAAGAGAUUGAAGAGAGACUUUAGACUGUUAAAAGAGAGUGGAUCCCAGAAGUGCUAUCUAUAUGUUGGGCAAUAAAUGUCCAGAGGUGAUAAAUUAGGAUUUUUAAAGACAGACUCACUAUCAGUAUCAAAUUAUAUAAAUGCAUUUUUAUGUUGUCUGAGAAAGACACAAAACAGCUAUAUCAAAUCCUCUGCCAUUUAUGUGUAUGUGGGGUCUAAAUGUGUUCCUUUGCCCCGAUAGAUGAACUUUUAGGGGGCCGAUGAGGAGAAAGCUUCACCCCAACCUCAUCCUUCCCAUCUCACCUUCCUUCAGUAGAACACAUUUAUUGUUAAUUUUAGUUAUAUUAACACAUUUUAACAUUACACAAAACACUCAUGUCCGUAGAUGCCCGGAAGAUGUUUCAUUUUUUAAACAUUGUUUUCGGUACCCACCGUGCAGUCUUAUCCGUCCCUGUGUUUCUGCAGUCUUUCAGUGGCAGCAGCACCAGGCAGGUGUAUGCCCAUACCACCCACAUGUUUACAGCUUUUGGUUUGAGCUGCUAGCUGUAGAUGUUUUUUGGCACCCUCCAUCCUUCCAGACAUUUCAUUCAGCUCCAUUUUUACUGCAGAGCUACCGAAGCUGCAAGGUAGAAAUGUAGAGAUACAGACAACUCCCUCAUCUUAACAGCCUCAGAGACGGUCUUAUCCUAGUUUCUUUUUUAUGGUGAACAUGGAAGGGAAGUGACAUUUAUUAUAAACUUCAAGCUCGUCUCUUCAGAUGGAUUCAAACGUCACAGAUGUGCCAGUUCUGCAAACAUGAGUGCAGGUUAGCGAUAUCGCUAUUUUCCAUUUCUGGGUUAUACUUUGGUUAGUUCUCACUGCCAGCUGGAGAGCAAAGGUGCAAAGUCUUUAAACGCAUCAAUACGACAGCAUUUCUGAAAGAUAAGUGAAUAUUUUUAGGCUUGUAAUCACACACAAAACAAAAGAAAAUCAGUAUAAAACUUGGAUUUUCCUUUUUUUUUUCUUCCUUUUUUGCAGAGUAGCCAGUGUUCAAUAUUGUUGACUUAACAAGACGAUUUUAUGAGUCUUUUUGAAAGAAAUAUCGUGCAAAUUCAGGUUUCUCAGCGAGGAGGCUGAGGUUUUUUUUGAACAUUUUGAUAAUGAAAUGACUGCUGUUUGGUCAUUUGGUGCUUAUAGAUGUGUGUUUCUGACCUUGAGGAGGAUUGUUCCUCAUGCGGGAGCAUGCCGCUCUCAACUUUGUGACGCAGAAAACUGAUGUUCUGUCAAAAGCAAAAUGUCUUAACCCUAAAAAUCCUGAACCGAACUGUCUUUGACCACAACUGGAAUCCUGAGCAGCGUGUCAGACCUCAAGUAGUCUUACCUCACUGACUUCUCUUAUCAGUAAUUAAAAACGGCAGUCCAGCUUUUGCGUUGUAUCGCCCCACAACAAGCCGUCUGUCUGUACGCUCAUGUGCGGGGUUCCUAUGCAUCUUCAGAUCUCACAAGUCUGGCGGAGUGAUUUGAAAUUGGCCGACAAAGCAAUGUGUAGGGACUCGUUAGGACCUAUGACGUGUGUAUUAAAUGCAUUAUAGCCUACAGGUCUGUACAAAACCAGCUCUACCAAAACUCCUUCUGCAUGCUUCAUUCAUGUGCUGACCUUUAUGUUUCAAGGACCUUAAUUCAGCUACCUUUUGUAGGGUGCUCAUUGUUUAUGGUUUUUAUGUAAAUUAGUAUUUUAUUUUAUUAUUAUUAUUUUAAAAAGGUGAAAUUUGAAUUGGCCUGUCCAGAAAUACCUCUCCGGGUAUUACUUCUCCUCCUCUUUGUUCUUCUUAAUAUUUUUUACUUGGUCGGACUCUUGCUACAAUAAAUUUUCAUGCAUAGAAAGUGAUUAAAAACCAAAAACAAUGAGCCUGGCCAUGUUCUCAGCUCGUGGAAGAGUGUUGUGUAUGUACUAAUCCCUGCAAACGUAAUGUAAUAUCUGUGUGAUAUUAUGUCUUUGUAAGUGCAGACUUGGUGUUUUAAAGGCUUAUACUGAUUAUUUCGUAGUACUCGGACGAGUGUCGAGUACGCUUCCCGGAGCUAUCACUGACACUGAGAUCUGUGUUUUAAGUCCUCUGGUUUGCAGUCCUAGAUCGUAAUCGUGUUUUCUGCCGUUCGGCUGUCACAACUCGUUUGGAGUUCUCGUCGUGUUUGGUUGUCACUGAUUAAAUCUCUUUACUGUAAUUCAGCGAUUGAGCUGUAAAACACUUGACAAGGUGCUACUGUACUCACGACUACAAACGGAAAAGAUAUAAUGCAGGACACUGCUCCGGAAACGCCCUUGUGUUUCACAUCCGCCUUCAAACGUUCACUUUUUCCCUGCUUUGAUCGUUAGUGCUCUCAUCCUGGUCAUCGUUCGGCACGAUCAAGUCUUUCCAAAUGUUUCACUCUGAAUCCUCUCUAAAGCCUUGAGUAGUUUACCUUCUGGAUCUGUUGCAUUUGUGUGUCGAUGAAAACUAAA